AUGUCAAAUCAACCAUGUGUGAUUCAGUCCUCCCCUAUGCCCUCAAAGAAAAGGGUGAGCUUUGCAAAAAAACUUGAAGGGAUAGCAGAGACUUGUAUCAGAGAAUUAUCUCCUUAUUCUCCUAGAAGUACAAGACCAGGAUUUUUGUCUCCAAGAACUUCUUUUACUCCAAAAAAACUAAGAACAGGUUUUAGUUGUAGUACAAGUAUAUUUGGUCAAACAAUGGAAAACAUUAUAAAAGAGCCAUACCAACCAGAACAACUAAUAAAAGAAUUUAAAAACCAUUCGUACCAACUCAUUUCUAAUUUAGAUUACAUUUAUGUAAAACAACGAAGAGUUGCUUUAUUCCAUUUAGAACCAGAAAAAAGAAGAAUUCUUCAAAAAUUAUGUAGUGAUAUUCUCCAAAACAAAAUUACUAAAGAACAAUUAUUAACUCUUACUUUUUCAGAUGAAAACAUUCAUGACGAUAGUUGUAAUGCUUUUCUUGAUGAUAUAAUUCAAAACCAAACAAGUCUUUUUCAAUUAGAAGGAGAUCCUUUAUUUGACUCAGAUGGAAGGAUUGUCGAAUGUUCUUCUGAAGAAUUGUGGUCAUUGGCCUUAGACCCUUUUUUACCUGAAUACCUAACUUCAAUAUUUGUUUAUGUAGCUCCUUUAUUUACGUCCCUUGAAUUUAUUGUUGACCAUUUACAAAUGGAACAGAAGUGUUGUGAUAAUAAUCCCAGACUUGAUGAAGAACGAUUUAAAAAGUUACAAAAAAUAAGAGACAUAGCAUUGUCAGCCCCACGGUGCUAUUCAAAAAUACCAGCUAAAAUUCAAAAACAAAUGACAGAAAUAUUUACAAUAAAUAAUACACCAAGAACUCUUGUUAAUGAGAUUAGGGGAGCUGUCAGAUUACCUUCACUUCCAGAAAAAAUGAGUGCUCUUGAAGAAUUUGCAACAGUAAGAUCAAAUGGUCUUUAUUCUUCAAGAAGGUCAUACAAAUUAAGAAGAGGAAUGGCUACAAGUCUUCGCCUAAGUGAAACUGGACCUCACCCAAAACAAGAAGAGGAAGAAGAAAAAGGUACUCCAUCUAUUCAAAUAACCCAACAAUAUGAAGACGUAUUCUUUUUAUUUAAAGAAAAGUCUAGUGUUAUUGCACGACAAUUAGCUUUAUUUGAUCAAAAACUUAUUAAAAGAGUUGAAAAAUAUGAUUUAGUAAAAGAACAAGUUGAUAAGUGUAAAACUAUUCAACAAUAUGUUGAGAACCUUCAGAGAGUUGAAGAAUUUUUCCUUGAUAUUACAAAAGAUAAAAAAUCAUUAGAAAAAGUUAUAAAGUUAGGAUGUUGUUGUUCUGAUAUUAACGAAAUGAAUAUGGCUCAUUUGAUUUUUUCUGUUCUUGUUAGAAGAUCUAUUGAUCUUAGUGAACAAUUUAAAUCUUUAAGAAAAGAAAGAAAAGAAGAAUAUAAUAAACUUUAUUCUCUCUUUUCAAUUGACAAAAAUAAUGCCAUUUACCGAAAUCGUUUAAAAAUUAUACCUCCAACAGAACCAAGAAUUGUUGUUUUUUCUUUGUGGAUGAAAGACAUGAUUAGUCUUCAAGAAAUUAAUGUUCAUUUAGGAGACUAUUUAAACAUUAAUAGAUUAAGGCUAUCUGCAAUGAAAAUAAAUGAGUUCAUUACUUGCCAAAAUGAGGCUUUUAUGUACGAAGAAAAUGAGGAGAUUCAGAAUUAUUUUAUGUCUCUAUAA